CUUAAUCGUGGAUAUAAAAGCUCGGAAGCGUUUUCCCAGCCAUUAAACGAUAACAUUCGCUCUAAGAUAAUCGUGAAGUUGCAAAUUGAAAAUAAUUAACGAAAAUGCAAGUGUUGUGGGUGAUAAUGAGUCUAAUUAUUGCAGUGAAUGCAUAUGAAUCAUAUCUGCCCGAUUCAAGACACCCAGGUGUUGACGACAAAUGCUAUCUGAAGGAAACAAAAGAAUUUAUUGAAUUUGGAAAGGUUCAUACCCCAGUCGGUAUUUGCGAGAAAUUCACAUGUCGUGAUGACUUUGUUAUCCGUGUUGAUCAUUGCCCCAAAUAUGCAGUACCAGAAGGGAGAGAAGUGAUACCAAUUGAUUUAACGCUACCUUUCCCUGAAUGUUGUGUGAAACUUAAGUAUGUAGACCAGGAAGGGAAUACGGUAAUAAGGAGCACAGCCUAGAGGAUGGAUUGGUUGAAAUGGUAUACAAUAAAGGAACUUUUCAUGAAUAUGUUGCAAUAAAUAUGAUUUUCCCGUUGU